AUGUCGGCUGGGGGACUGGAAAUAUUUGGGGCGGUUGGGGUAUCGUUGCAACUCGUCAAGGCGGCCGGGACCUGCUUGUCGAUUGUGAACGAGGUUCGACAAAUCUCAAACCUUGCUCACGAGCAAAACAACGCUCACUUCGACUUACACGUUCAGGCCUUGAAGUUUGAAAGGUGGUGUGCCACGUUGAGCAUCCAGGACAUCUUACGGAGGACCGAGCAGGGUCCGAGUAAUUCUGGGCUUUGCAAGCCGAACCAUCAAACUCAGCUAAAGGGCGCCGUCGAGUCGCAGCUUCGCUUGGAGAACCCGAUCCUCGUCGAUCUGACCACGAAGGCCCUAGCAGACAUGAAAAACGACUUUGCCGAGGCAACCAAGAUCAUCAUGCAGUAUGCUGGAGUGUCGCCGCCGCCUGAGAAAAUAACCAGCAACACCUCGCUGCAAGUCCCAAAGAGCGGAAAACAAUCGAGAUGGGACAAAAUGCUGCGCAAGGAACCAAAGGCACAACCGUCUGCCUCUCUUCAGACUCAUUCGAAUGUGAUUUCGCGCGGAGGCUCCAGCAUGGCCCUCAGAACCAAGUGGGUAACGUCGGAUAAAGGCCGGGUUGAGGUCCUGUUGAAGCGAAUUGGGCAUACAAACGAGUUGCUGGUCGUGCUCCUCGACACCGCACACCAGGCACAGGUCGACCGCCAGACGGAUAUGACCAUCCUAGAUCUCAUGGACCAUGAUACCCUGGAAGGGACAACAACACGUCCAGAACUGAAGACGAUGGCCAAGAUCAAGCAAUGGCAGAUGCAAGAGCGGAGAGACAGCCAAACCGACGACGCGGUGUCGGCGUACUCCUUCUCUACCAUCUCGGGCGCGAAUCAGGCCUCAAGAAGGAUUCAUUCUUAUCAAGUUCGCGACUUCAAGAGAGGGAGCCUCCCGCACGGCGAAUAUCGAACGUUGACAGUUCUGGAAGACAAGCAGGUCAUGGUGGAGUGGAAAUACUACAACCGCGACCAGCCUUUCCGUCUCGAGCAGACUUUGAGACUGGGAGGGCUCGUGGGACUACUCAACAGGGACGAACUGUUCAAGAAGUUCAUGACGCUGCCCUGCAAGGGUCUCGUCGACGAUGCCGACAACUCGAGGAUCGGGGUUGUUUUCGCGGUUGAGGGAUCUGCCGGUAACCGCUUGAAAUCCCUACAAGCCUUGAUCCGCGAGACCCAAGUUCCAGUUCCGAUCGGGCAGAGGUUUCAAAUCGCCAAAGGCCUCGUCACGGCCGUCCACCAUCUCCAUUCUGUUGAUUGGCUGCAUAAGUCGAUCCGGAGCGAUAACAUCAUAUGCUCCUGGGCGCCCGAAUCCGAGAUACAGGUCCCGCCUUCCUCUCCUAGAGGUAAACCGGCAGUUGUCCAAGAAAACGGCGGCGAUGGCGCAGGUUCUGGUUUCGGGGCAGCCAAAACGUUAGCAACUCGGCCGCGCCCGCGACCACUUCCCCCUCAGUAUCUCGUCGGCUGGGACUUGUCUCGCCCUGAUCAUCCCCUGGAGUUAUCCGAGACGCUGUCGAUAUCCACGGCCGGGUUCCAGAGCCGACGCGACGAGAUUCUCCUCUACAACCAUCCGAGCCUGCAUGCGCAGUCGGAAUCGGGCAAGAGACCACGUUACCGCGCCAGAUUCGACAUUUAUAGUCUAGGGCUAGUCCUCCUCGAAAUAGGCUUGUGGCGUACUUUGAGCGAGCUGCGUCGUCAUUGUAACAGCGACGCUGAAUUCAGGGACAAGCUCCCCACCGAGUUCUGCGACAAACUGCUCCCGAGAGUUGGGGAGGUGUAUUGGCGCGCCGUACAGCGGUGUAUAAACGGCGAUUUCGAUGACGGGUCCGGCGGGGCCUCUGAGACGGAAGGAUUCCAGUUACAAAUAGCGUUCGAGAGGCUGGUAGUGUCUGAGAUUGAGAGAUGCUAUGCAUAG